GAAGUUAAGACUGCACAGAUAUCAACUUACUGCAAUAUCAUCUGACAGAAUUUGGGUGUAAUGUUCUUCAAUGGGAACCACGUGUUGUGGAUGGGAAAUGAAUAAUGCGGAAAUUAUCAAAAUAUCUCCUAAAAAUAGGAUUGUUUACGCUAGCUGCUUUGGUGGUCAUUUCCAAAUUACUGUCCAUAAAUAGAAUACCACAUCAAGGUUUGCCGAAAGCUUGUAUAGGAUUCCGUGGAAGACUCGGAAACCUGAUGUUUCAGUAUGCCUUUCUAUACAGUAUUUCUAAAUCUAAAGGACUGUAUCCUGUAAUCCCCGAAAACUUUGAACUCGGCAAUGUUUUCAAAAUUAAUAAAACGACUUUGAAACAAAUUGGUGAAGAAAACAAAGCUUGUGAUAGCAUUCCAACCUUUUCUGAGAAAUGGGCUUGUUCAUUCGAUGAACAACUUAUAAAUGUGCCAAUAUUUCAGAGUGCUAAAUUUAAUGGAUAUUUGCAGUCCUGGAAAUACUGGAUCCAGCGUGAAAACGGUCUUCGUCAGACAUUUAAAUUCCAAGACAGAAUAACAGAGAGAGCCAGGAAGCAGCUAGCAGAUAUCAUAGGAACAUCCGGGUUUACUUGUUGUUCCAAAAAUUCCACGCUAGUGGGAGUGCAUGUAAGACGUGGGGACUACACCUCUAAACCUGUGAAUGACUACGGUCAAAUAACUCCUAAUGCUAGCUAUUAUGAAAACUCAUUGGAUUACUUUGAAAAUUUGUAUCCAAGCGUUUUAUUCAUAGUUGCGUCGGAUGACCUCAAAUGGACCAAGGACGCCUUUAAGAACAAAACAAAUGUGCACAUAUCAUUAGGUAAUUCUGGACCGGAGGAUAUGGCGCUAUUGUCCUUAACAAACCACACGAUUAUGUCCGUGGGGACCUUCGGAUGGUGGGUGGCGUGGUUGACAGGGGGGACAACCCUGUAUUAUAAACCCGUAUUUGCCCCGGGUUCAAGGUUCGCAAAAGACUUUAAUAAUGACGUCAGUAGUUUUAUCUAUCCGGGAUGGAUACCAAUGGAGUGAACUUCGUGAAACUUUAGCGACAAAUGUACAUGUUAUUAAAAUUGCAUAAUAUAUAAUUUUGUAUGUUCGACAUGUAUUUUUAAGCUACUCUAGACAGCGUGCAAUUUUUGCAAAUAAAUUUAUUAUUUCAU